AUGGAGACGGAGGUCCAGGUUUCGGAGAAGGGGAGGUGGAGCGAUGUCGUUUGUAUCGAGCUUAGGGGAAAUUGGACUCUAGAUGAACUUAUAUCCAUCUGUGUGGAUGAGGAAUCUAGGAUCAAGGAAGAAAAGGAACCUGCUACGACCAUUAACCUUAUUGAGAAGCCUAAAAGGAAAAAGCCCCAGAAUAAGCUCAAGCCUAUCAAAGCCAUAACUAAGAGUUCAACAGCUGCAGUGGCCAAGGAAAACAGGCCAUUCAGGUUCAAGUGCUACUUUUGCAAAAGAGUAGGACACAUGAAAAAGGACUGCACUGGCUAUAAAAAUUGGUUAGCCAAAAAGGGGAUUCAUAAGGAGGAGAAUCCCAAAAAGUGAUGAAGUGAACCUGUGUGUAGGCAAUGGCAUGAGAGUGGCAGUCAAGGCUAUUGGAACCUUAAAGCUCGAUUUAGGAUUAGGAAAAUUGUUAGUU